GCGACCGAGCGGGACGAUCGUUCGGUUUGAAUCCCAAAGAAUACUUCUUCGUAAAAAUAACCUCGUAUAGGUUAUUUUUGCGAAAAUUACAUCCCUUCUUUUACUAACUCUUUCGGAAAUACGAUCUCUGAGGAUUUUCGGGUGGUAAUUCCGUCGUAACCGUUUUUGACCCCAACAAACGGCAUGGCAAGAUGAUAGACGUGAUCAGGUUGCUGAAAGUUCAUUGUUACGGGUGGAAACACAUGUUGUUGAUGAUGUGUCCGAUUAUGAUAUUACUCCGGUGAAUCCUCCAGACGAUGAAUAUGUAUCAGAUGGUGAUGUAGAAGCAGACUGUGAUUCAGACGAUGGUUCAGAAUAGACAAAAAUAUAUUCUAAGAGUGUAAAAUAUGUUGUAAGGUUGAAUGUAUUAAGAAAACAAGUUGUGAGGAUGAGAAAUAAGUUAUAAGAUUGUAAAAUAUAUGGUAAGGAUGAAAAAUAAUUUGUAAGGUUGUAAAAUAUAUUGUAAGGAUGAAAAAUAAUUUGGUAGGUUGUAUAAUAUUUUUGUAAGAUUAUGGAAUAUGUUGUUGAGAUAUGUUGUUGUUGUAGGAGGAGAGGUUGAUGGGUAAGAGUUUUGGGGUUAUAGUUUAGGGGUUAGAGGUUUGGUGUUUUGCGAAGUGAUUUAAACAAGGCCACGCUAACUUCCGUGGCUACACAGUGGCUAUGAUAAAUCCAAUCGGUUUGGCUCCAAUUUAUUUGGUUUUGGCUCCACAAUUGUUUUUUAUUUCGCGGUUGAUAUUAAACCAAAGCCACUGUAAUUUCGUGGGCUUUUCGUGGCUAUGACGAAAUUUGGCAAAACCAUUCGGUUUGGCUCUAAUUUUUUGGUUUUGCCUCCAAUUGUUUUACAAUUCGCGGGUACUAUUAAAACCGAGCCACGGUUUACUACGGUUUGAUCGUGGCUAUGCUGAAAAGGUUUUAAUCCUUUCCCCUUUCUUCUAAACACUUAGAAAAAAAUAUACUCUCUCCCGAGUCGCCACCGACGAAAGCAAGUGUCCUCUCCGAUUCGAAGACUCGUCGUCUCUGAUUCCAAGCCGCGACGUCUCUCGUUCCAAGCCGCGACGUCUCUCGUUCCCUUCUACUCUCAAGGUAGCCCUCUAUUUCUUCUUCGAGAAUCGUCUCGAUCUAGGGUUGUCGUCUCUGAUUCAGUCUCUGUCACUUGAAUGUUCUUGUUGCUGAUUUAGGGUUUUUGUUUCUGAUUCGAUCUAAGGUAGCCCUCUGUUUGGUUUUUGUUUCUGAUUUAGGGUUUCAGUUUUUUUCUGUUGUUACUGUCGAUUUGUUUCUUAGGGUUUUGCUUUCUCUCGAUUGUCUCUCUCUUAGAAUUGUCUCUGUUUCUUAGAGUUUCAGUUUCUUUCGGCUUUGUCUCUGUCGAUAGAGUUGUUCGAUUAAGCGAUUAAGGUUUGUUUCUGUGAUAGAGUUGUUCGUUGUCUCUGAUUCAGUCGCUGUCUCUUAAUUUUGUUGGACACUCUUAUGUGUCUUUAUUGUUUCAAUUUCUCUUUGUCUCUGUGGGUUUUUGAUUAAACUUAUACUUUCUUUAACUUUUUCUUCUGUUAACUGCAGAUGGCCUCAAGAAGAGGACAAGGGACAUCUCCUCCUAUGCCUCCUGGUGCCACGGGAGUGGCUGCAACCGGACAAGCUUCAUCCUCCCGUUCAAAUAGCUAUCCGCAAAUGUCUCUCAAUGCCAUGUUCAAUGCUCCUGCUAGGAUAUCCCAGCCACACCUCCAUCCUGAUAAGAUCAAUGGAGCGUUAUGGUUUUCUAUUGACCCAUCAGUGAAUGCUUUCAUCCGUGCAACAUGGCAAGCAUACUACAUGGGACCUUGGAAGAGUUGGAGGUCUGUCCCUGACGAAAGGAGGGAUUCAUGGUGGCAGACGUUUGUGCAAAAUUUCUACUGGGAGCAACAGUUUAAUGACUUGGUCUAUGCUCUCUGGAAGAAGGAAACAUGGACUUCGAUUGGUGAAUGGAUUAGCACCAAGAAGAGGAAAAACAAGCAGCCAAAGUACAUCAAUGAGAAUGACUGGACGACCCUUAUGGAGUAUUGGGCGACAGAACCAGCCAAGAAGAAGAGCAAGAAAGCUGCUAAAAGCCGCAAGUCUGAUCCUCUGGGUAAAGGGGUAUACAAGCACAAUGCAGGACCGGUUGGUUUUGCAAGAAUUGAAUACAACAUGACUGUGGAGACUGGUGAACCUCCAUCCUACACAGACCUUGUCAGGAGGACACACACGAAAAAGGAUGGGACGUUUGUGGACUAUCGUGCAGAAGAACUGGUAACUCAAGCUGAGAUGGAAGCUACUCAGGUCUCUAACACUAACAGUGAUGGAUCACCUCAAAGUCCAUCAGCAACCUCAGCUCCUUCUCGCAUCUUGUUAAACCAAGCUUAUCUGAAGAAUGCUAAAGGUAAGAGGGGGCAUAUCUACGGACUUGGCAGUGCCCAGUAUAGGGAACAUGCGCCAUCUGCAAGAGUCCCUGCUUCUCUGGCCCGCAACUUGGAGCUGGAGUUGCGAGUGAGUGGACUAGAGACAAGCUUCCAAAGUGUGAUUGAUGAUGUAAGUGCAGUGAAGGCUGAUGUAGGUGCUGUGAAGGAGGAUGUGGCAACAAUGAAGGAGGACUUCGCAGCAACAAGGGCUGCAAUCGCUGAGCUCAUCCAAUCACUUCGACCCCAAGCUAACCCUCAGCAACAACCCCCUUCGACUCAGGCUUAGAGGCAUGUUUAGCAUCUUUCUAUCUAAUCUUAAAACUCUCUUUUGGCUUUUAGAUGCAUGUGUAGCAUCUUUUGAUCUCUUAUGUACUAUCCUUUUGUUCUUAAGACUCAAUGCACUUGUUUAAUAUCUAAUCUUCUUAUGUUUAGCUUUUGUAAACCAACUUUCUUAUGAUUAUAAUUUCAUGUUUAAUUUCAAUUGUGUUUUAUGGUUAAAAUUAGAAAUUGAAAUUGAAAUAGAAAUUCAAAUAGAAAUUCAAAUAGAAAUUGAAUUAGAACCAGAAUUAAAAAAAAAACACGGUUAACCUUAGCCACGACAAAGCCGUGGGUACAUAUAG